GGCAGCAAGGGUGGAAAGCAAGUCGGCCAUCCAAACUUCAUUAUACUUCUGUUCUUGACAUCACCAGGCAUACCCAGUUCUUGAAUUUGCUACUUGGACGAAAAGUGUGAGAUUGUUCGAAUCAUCUAAUGCUUAUUCAACAACAAAACCCCUAAAUUUGAGGAGUUGCAAAGCCAAUUCUCUUUUCGAUAUUUUGUUGUUCAAGUUCAGAGAUAUCCAGUUAAAUGAGAUGGAAAUCUGUGUUGUGUCCCUCUCUUACAAGGAUGAUAUGAAGGUAACAGUUGACUUUAGCAUUGAUCAAAUUCUGGAAAUAAAUUACAUUGCAUCGGUAGCAUUGAGCUUCAACGUCCUUAGAAGAAUCACCGUUUCUCGAACAAGGUCCAUGACGAAAAAUCAACAAACUAAUAAUGACAACAAUAAGAACAGUGGAACACUUCCACUUUCUUCUGGUGAAACAAAGCAAAAUAGUUUGUCACAUACAUUGGCUCAAAUCGAGGUUACUCCACUUAUGAUAGGAGUUGCAGCUGUUGUUGUUACUGCUGCUACUUACGCUUGUGCUAGUCGAUUCAAGGCUCGAUCAGUUUCACCCAUAUCCCGUAAAUUUUAUAAAGGGGGUUUCAAACCUCAAAUGACUAGAAGGGAAGCCGCUCUUAUUCUCGGAGUAAGGGGAAGCAUCACAACAGAUAAAGUAACUGAAGCCCAUCGAAGGGUCAUGGUUGCAAAUCAUCCAGACAUUGGUGGUAGUCACUAUCUUGCUUCCAAAAUCAACGAAGCGAAAUACAAGCUCAUCAGGAAGCCCAACAACACUGAUUCUGUUUUCUCAUACGAUUUAACUGUGGAUUCGGAUUCUGACUAACAUUGUUUAUACCUUAAGGCUUAAACUAUCAUGGAUCUUUUUGCAAUAUAUGUUUUUGUAUAAUUCAGAGAGUGGGAUUUGGAGUUUAUAAGGAUUUGUUGUAUUGAGUAUUGACUAUAUUUAUUGUCAUGGGAUUGUCUAAUUACAUUCCGAUUGUUUCAUUACACGAAAUAUCAUUUUUUAAGA